AUGCCACCUAAGACCAAAGAGAAAAGAAGGAAAGCUGGGGCACAACAGAAGAAAAGGAACUCAGAUGCUGAUAUGGAGGCUGAGUCCAGGCUCAGGCUGGUGGUGCUAGAGAAGGAGCUGCUCCGAGACCACUUGGCUCUACGGAGGGAGGAGACCCGUCGAGCUAAGACUUCUGAGGACCAGGUGAAGCAGAGGCUGCACAGGUUGGAGGCUGAACUGGAAGGAGCCCGAAGUGAAGGAAAAGCCAUAUAUGAAGAAAUGAAACGCAAGUGCGAGAUCUUGCAGGAGGACAUGGAGACCCGCAACAAGCAGCUGGAGGAAGAAGUGAAGGGCCUUCGGGAGCAGCUGGAGACAUGCCAGCAGGAGGCUGAAGCUGCACGGGAAGAGGCUGAGCAAGCCAUUGGAGAGCGCGACUGGACCCUGGCUCAGCUCCGGGCCCAGGCGGCAAACAUGGAGGCCGAGUAUGAGGAAAUGUUACAUAACAACUUGGACCAGCUCAUGGCUAAACUGAGAGCCCUCAAGCCUCAAUACAAUGGGCCUGCACUGAGGCUCCGCGCUAGGCACAAGGAGCAGCUGCACCAGUUCGGGCUCAACCCCCUGGAUCUUUGA